AUGCCAUUCUUUGGCUUUUACCACCGAGAGCCGGCUAUCUGCGCCGCCGCGCCUUCUGGACCGAUACAUCAUGGUGGAGCAGAUGCGGCACCGGCACCCACAAGAGAAGCUGCAGCGAGAGCACCUGCUGCACAAGCAACACAAAAAAAGGCAGCUGUAGCAGAAUGGGUGCCGCUGUUUUUGCUACGCAGCGGCAAACCGCCGCCGACUCCAGACGGCAGUACAGCAAUGGCAGCUGCACGUCAGUCUUCCCAAGCAGCAGCUUAUGAGGCAGCAGCAGCAGCGGUGGAGGCUCUUAAUACAACAGAAGGGGCGAAUGGUAGCACACCCGCUGUAAAAGCAGCAGCAAGGGCUGUAGGCCUAGAACCAGUACCACCAGCUGAACUAGUGGGGAAGUAUAUCGCGCUUUUCUUCGGGGCGUCCUGGUGCCCUCAUUGUCGGGACUUUUCUGCACGGCUUCACCAGGUUUACAGCCAGCUAAAACAGCUGCAGCAGGAGCAGCAGCCGCCUCUGUUCGAGACAAUCUACAUCCCCUGCGACCGUUCCCCUGCUGAAUUCGCCGCAUUCGCAUAUACAAUGCCCUGGCUGUCACUUCCCUUCGGAGACUAUAGUGCACUAGUGCGGCGCUUUGGAAUUCGUCGUUUACCCUCCAUCAUUCUGAUUACACCAGAUGACCACAUCCUUACCUCGGACGCCGUGCCGAUCAUCGACGACCGCAACGCCGCCCAAAAGCUGCACGGUAUCUUCCAACGCUUCGGCCCCUUUGAAAGCAGCGAGGAUAGAUACAAGUUCCUUUUCGGAAACAACAGCCAGCCAAAAUCCUGA